CAUCGCUGUUUACACUCACUUUUUUUGUUAUUUUCCCACAAUAUUUUCGCAUUUUCGUGUCCAACAUUGUGUUAAAUAUUUAAUUUGUUUAUUAUUCUCAUAAAUAAAAAGUGCCUAAAAUUAUGACAAUCGAAAUGAACGAUGACCUACAGGCGUCGAUUCAACAGGAGUUCAAAAUUAUUGCUGAAUUAAAAAUGAUUCAAAAAGAGAAUAUUGGAGGCGUUUAUGUGAUUCCAUCGUAUGAAAGUUCAUUUGUUUGGUUUGGUGUGAUGUUCGUUCGCAGUGGCUAUUAUAGAGAUGGCAUAUUUAGAUUCAAUAUAUCGUUGCCCAAAGAUUUUCCAAAUACAACUGAUGUCCCGACGGUAAUAUUCCAAAGUGAGCUGAUCCAUCCGUUGAUUUGUCCAUACACUGGUAUUUUAAGUAUAUCCGAUGCAUUUCCAACGUGGAAUCCAACCGAACACCAUCUCUGGCAAUUGCUCAAGUAUAUUCAGUUCAUAUUCACACACCCAGUGGCUUGUUUGAAUGGCGAUUCAGUGAAAAUUUCAAAUCUAGAUGCGGCCGAAUUGAUUCGCAAUCAAAAACUCAACGGAUUCGAAGACAAAGUGAAGGAAUGUGUGCGCAUUAGCAAAGAUAAAAUCUAUGAUGAACCACCAACCGAAGACAAACAUUAUAUUACCUUUAGCAUGUUUGACGAUGAAAUUCAUCGAGUUAUUCUAGAUAAAAUUAAAAAUAAAACCGAAACGACGUCAGCAUCACCGCCACCAUCUGGCCUAUCGUGGGUCAAUGAAGGCGAAUUUAAAGCACUCCGAAAAUAAUACCACCUCGACACCCAAUCCAUACCAUGGUUUUCAUACCGAUAUUUACUAUUUAAUUUACGAGAUUUAUAUUUGAAUCGAGAUUUUCUCAACAUUUUGCAAUAAAAUUAAGACAAAUUUGAACCACUGAUUUACGUAUAUGAUUAGUAAUUUAGUGAUUUAAUUGGACAAAUUAAUUGUGUGUAUAGUUUUCAUAAAUGUGCUCAUGUUUUCUUUAACAGAAUUAGAAAAAAAAAAUUGAUGGAAUAAAGAAAUUACCCGCUUCUUUUCAUUUGCAAGACUUGAAUUGAAGGAAAAUUCA